CCAAUGACAAGCGCUGUAACGUUCCUGAACCCGGAAGUGUGUGAGAUGUGAUUGCAGCACACGUGUGAGCUGCCAGGAGUUGCAGUGCCCUCACACCCACCCUGAGACCUUUGGUCAGUGACCCCAGCGAUGGCCUGAUACAGGUGUCAGUACCUAAUCACAUAGCUGCGUGCAGUGCAUUGCCCAGGCUGGCACACGCAGAGGCCACUGCACAGUUGGAAUGCUGUGGAGGGCUCAAUAAUUUGGAUUACUCUAAGAUUGACCUCUCCAUCAUGGCAGAUUUCUCGCAGUAUGUGAACUUCACGGAAUACAACUUUUUAUUUGCUACAGCCUGCAUAAUAUUCAACCCACUGUUCUGGAAUGUGGUGGCGAGAUGGGAGUACAGGACACGAGCGCUCUCUAGGUUCUUCAGGUCUCCGUACGUUGCGUGCUACAGCCUGGGGACCAUUCUUAUCUUUCUAGCAAUCUACAGAAGUCACUGUUUUACAGAAGCCAUGUCCAGUGCGCCUCACUUGUGGUUUCUGAGGAGACCGGAGUUUUAUUAUCUCGGAGUGACGUUUGUGGCAGCCGGGGCGGUGUUGGUAAUCUCCAGUUUCUUGGCACUGGGGUUCGUUGGAACGUAUUUGGGAGACUACUUUGGAAUCCUGAUGGAUAAGAAAGUGACUGGCUUCCCGUUUAAUAUAAUGGAAAAUCCCAUGUACUGGGGAAGUACUGCAAAUUACCUGGGGCUGGCCCUCCUAAACUCCAGCCCAGCCGGUCUGAUCCUCACGGCAGUGGUGGCUCUCUGCUACAAGGUCGCCAUCUUGUUUGAAGGCCCCUUUACUGAGGAAAUCUACCGGAAAAGAGCAAAAUCAAAGAAGAAUAAGUAAAUGAACAGUGUUUUUUUAAUGAUUUGUGUCAAGAUCCAGUGAAUGUUGGGUAAUGUUCUGAAUAUACGGACUACUGUAUAGGUUUGUGCUAUAUAAACCACAACAUCAUCUCAUGUCUGAUUGCUUACUGCAUGUUACAAUGCGUAUGCUAAUUGCAUUAUGUUAUCGAUAAAAAGUACCACUUGAAGGAGGCCAUUUUGUGGACUGAACCAAUAUUAAGGACAUUAAGGCACCAGAAUGCUCCCUGUGUCUGUGAUGUCACUGUGACAUUGUUGUUUGAUUGGCAACAUUGCCAUGACAAUUGGACCAGACACAAAAUGGCUGCCUGUACUAUGUGGAGGCAACAGGUGCAGUAUAAAUUGUAUAAUAUUAAGUAAUAGCCACUUUCAUUGAAUAUUAUUGAAAAACUACCAGAACAUGAAUCUUGGGAACAUUUUUUUUUAUUGUUUUUUUCUCUCGCACUUGAUGCCUGUCCUAGACUUUUGGAAGAACAUUGUCUAAUUUUUAUGUAUUUGGAAAUGAGACAAAUAAAAAAAAAAAAAAUGAAAGAAAAA